AUGGACCCUCAACUUAAAAGAGAAAUGCCUUUGAAGCCAGCUUUGACAAGAGAAGAAACCAAAAAAAUCAUGGACCUCAUACGGCACCUAGAAAAGCGGCCUGAGUGUUACGACUUUUUGAAGCCGGUCGACUUUAAAGGUUUAGGCCUCGACGAUUACCCUAUCAUAAUCAAGCGUCCUAUGGAUUUUUCUACUAUAAAACGAAACUUGAAGACUGAUAAAUAUAAAUCUUUCCAAGAAGCACUGGCUGACGUGCUUCUGAUUUGGGAUAACUGCAAACUAUAUAACCAAGCUGGAUCUGUAUUGUCUAUGUAGCCUAUAUAUCAGCAAGCUGAAAUUUUAGAAGACUUAAUGAAAAAAUACUGCGAAAAGAACGAUAUCAGGAUCGAGAGACCUGUAAAAAGACCAAGGGAAGAAGAAGUGCCACCCCCUGUGGCGCCGCCACAGCCUGUGCAGGAAAAUGCAAGUUUUGAGUCCAAAGUCGAGCUUGCAGAAAAUGUUAGGAAAGUUUCGCAUGAAAUUCUUGCGGAAAUUGUGAAAAUUGUAGAAACCAACUGUAAAUCUGCGAUGGAAGAGCUGGGCAAUGAAAGACUCCAAAUAAAGGUGGACGAGCUGGACAGGCCGACUUAUGAAAAGCUGAGAGUGUAAGGAUUAUGUAGGGUGAUCAAUGGAUAUUUGCAGCAAAACCAGGAAGGAAAGCCUGUGAAGAAGGCAAAAAAUUAA